UAUCACGAUCGUAUUUUUGUCCAGUCCAACCGCAACGGCCCAGGACAGACUGGGCAAGAAUAGCAAAAAGGCCAGUAAUACAGCCUUCAGCCGCUGGAGCACCCAAAUUGGUGACGAACACAUUUGUCGACCGCCCUACAGCCGACGAUUGGCCGCCUGCCACCCAGCCAGGGGCUUCUCAGUCCAAUCAGCCCUUCUCACCUUCAGGCUUUGGUGCUUCACGCCUCACGCCUUCACCACUUUAGGCUCUUUAGCUAGAUAGGUAUGAGUGAACAGCACACCAAGGUUAAACGUGAGAUAUCAGCAUGCAUCGGAAGGGGGCUGAUAGAUCGUUAGUCUUGGACCAUAAAUUGAACUAUUUAUGUUAUUGUAGAUCUCUUCUGCAAAUCUUGAGCCUGAUGAUCAUCAUCCCUGUUUUGGAGUAUGAAUAUUUUCAAACAGUUGGUGCCAAUACCAUUUUCUUUAAGAUGCGCUACGAAGCCUUGUAUUGUGAUCAGCCGUUCUCUUUUUCAUUCACCUUCCCAAGGCAUUGUGGAAGUUCAUUCUCAAGAACAUGAAGUAGUUAUUGCUCUGGGAAGCAAUAUGGGGGAUAGACUUCAUAAUUUUGAUGAAGCCUUGGACCGAAUGAGAAAAUCGGGGAUCAAAAUUACCAGACAUGGUUGCUUGUACGAGACCCCUCCAGCAUAUGUCACCAAUCAACCCCAGUUUCUCAAUUCUGCCAUUAGAGCACUUACAAAACUCAAGCCUUUUGAACUCUUACAGGUUCUCAAGAAGAUUGAGAAAGAUAUUGGACGUACGGACGGGAUCCGAUAUGGUCCAAGACCAAUCGAUUUGGAUAUAUUGUUUUACGGGAAGUUCAAGAUACAUUCCGAGUCCCUUGUUAUCCCACAUGAAAGAAUCUGGGAGAGACCGUUUGUUGUUGGACCGUUGAUUGAUCUUCUCGGGUCUGAUAUCGAAAAUGACACUGUAGCAUGCUGGCAUUCAUUUUGUGAUCUGGGGCUUUUUGAGUUGUGGGAAAAACUAGACGGAAAAGACGAUAUGAAACGGGUGUUGCCUGUCGGUGACCGUUUGUGGGACUGGUCAUCAAAAACAUCUGUAAUGGGUAUACUUAAUUUGACCCCGGAUAGUUUUAGUGAUGGUGGGAAGUACUUUUCUGUUGAUUCUGCAGUUACACAAGCCCGUGCAAUGCUUGUGGAAGGCGCGGAUAUACUUGAUCUCGGAGCACAGUCCACCCGCCCAAUGGCUUCUAAAAUUUCACCAGAAGAAGAACUAGGUAGACUGAUGCCGGUUGUUGAGGCGGUUAAAAAGAUGCCCGAGACUGAAGGGAAGCUCAUAUCCGUGGAUACCUUUUAUUCGCAGGUCGCCUUAGAAGCCAUUAGUAAUGGAGUACACAUUGUGAAUGACAUAUCGGGUGGACGUAUGGAUUCCAAUAUGCAUAGUGUCGUUGCAGGCCUCAGAGUUCCUUAUAUUGCCCUUCACAUGAGAGGCUGCCCAUCUACGAUGCAGAAUGCUGAGAAUCUGCAGUAUGAUGAUGUGUGUAAAGAAGUUGGACAUGAGCUGUAUGAACGGGUUCGGGACGCUGAGUUGGCAGGAAUUCCAGCUUGGAGGGUCAUUGUGGACCCAGGGAUUGGGUUCUCAAAGAACACUAAACAGAACCUUGAUCUUCUCGCGGGUUUUGGAAGUGUUAGAACUGAGAUGGGGAAAAGAAGUUUAGCUGCGUCACACUCCCCCCUCUUGGCUGGACCUUCAAGGAAAAGAUUCUUGGGUGAAGUAUGUGAUCGUCAGGUAGCUUUUGAGCGGGACUCGGCAACUGUUGCUGCUGUCUCUGCUGCUGUUCUGAAUGGUGCCAAUAUUGUAAGAGUACAUAAUGUUAGAGAUAAUUUGGAUGCUGUAAGGCUCUGUGAUGCAAUGCUUGGUAGGAGGGAUACAAUUUAUUAGAAAGAUGUUAGAAGCUUAUCCAACUUCAUAGAACUAUUUCUGGCAACAUAUCCCACUUGCAAUUGCUGUAAGGCCCAAUUUUUUUAAAUGUAACUUCUACUCUUUAGAAAUUUCGAAAUGUUUUUGUGGAAAUCGUGAAGUUUUUCUUGGAUCUUAAAUCAUUUUUUAAAGCGUUGUACUAAAUCUGUGAUUAAGAUAGAAUACUCCGGC